AUGUUGGAGCUUUAUGGCAAGACAGGUGUAUACCGAGUGCAACUGGAUUUGAGACGAUCGAAAGUUAUCGGAUGGUUUCACGAUGGUAUAUUUACAAUCGAUAUUAAUGGAAUUGAAGUAUAUGUAGGGAUUUUAGAAGUUGCCGGAAAUGCUGUGGUAACUGAUCAUACUAAAUUUCUAGGGGAUCAGAAGAAAAUGUUAAAAGGCAAUGCGUUUGGCUUUUCAUGA